AUGAGUGACCAAAUCUCGUCAUGGAACGUCGUGCACAAGCUGGAGAAGAAGCAGCUUCUAAUUGCUAUCAACAGCGUUGCCGCGUUGUCUAUUCUUUUCUUUGGCUAUGAUCAAGGAAUGAUGGGUGGUGUGAACAAUGCGAAAGAUUACAUCGAUCUGAUGGGCUUUGGCCACACGGAGAUGAGAGACGGCCAGCCUACCCCUGUAGUCACCAACAGUUUGCUACAGGGAGGUAUCGUCUCCGUCUAUUACCUGGGAACGCUUUGCGGAUGUCUUUUUGGUGGAUACAUUGGUGAUUCUAUCGGCAGAAUCAGGUCCAUUGCUGCUGGCUCCGUGUGGGCCAUACUGGGAGCUGCUCUACAGUGCUCAGCACAGAACCAUAAUUGGAUGAUCUGCGCCCGUUUCAUCAACGGAAUCGGUACUGGUAUUUUGAACGCGAUUGUGCCUGUCUGGGCUACUGAGACUGCCGAGCACACUUCCCGUGGUCAAUUCAUUGCGAUUGAAUUCACCUUGAACAUCUUUGGUGUCGUGCUGGCCUACUGGCUGGAAUUUGGCCUGUCUUUCAUCGACAACGGCGAAUCCCCCUUCCGCUGGAGAUUCCCCAUUGCCUUCCAGAUUGUCUUCUUGCUCGUGCUGUUCGCCGCCGUUUGGUUCUUCCCCGAAUCCCCCCGCUGGCUGGUCAAGGUUGGCCGCGAGAAGGAGGCCCGCUACAUUCUCGGUCGUCUCCGUGGAACCAGCCCCGAGGAUGAUGCCCGUGCCGAGGCCGAGUUCCGUGACAUCCAGAGCGCCGCAGAACUUGAGAAGACCACAAACUACAGCACCUCUUACUUUUCUAUGCUCUUUGGCCGCAAGUCUGGAAAGCUGCACGUCGGACGUCGUGUGCAGCUCGUCAUUUGGCUGCAGAUCAUGCAGGAGUGGGUUGGUAUCGCCGGUGUCACAGUCUAUGCUCCAACGAUCUUCAGCAUUGCUGGCUUUGAUUCGAUGAAGAGUCAGUGGAUCAGCGGUUUGAACAACAUUUUCUACAUGUUCGCUACCCUCAUCUGUGUCUUCACUCUUGAUCGGAUCGGCCGUAGAUGGACCCUUUACUGGGGUUCGGUCGCCCAGGGUAUUGCCAUGUUUCUCGCUGGUGGCUUCUCCCGCCUUGCCAUUAACGCUAGAGAGGCCGGAGAGAUUAGCAAGGCUAGCUCUUAUGGCGCCGCUGCCGCUUCCAUGAUCUUCAUCUUCACUUCGGUCUUCGGUGCUACUUGGCUUACUGUUCCUUGGAUUUAUCCGGCUGAGAUUUUCCCCUUGGCCGUCCGUGCGCGUGGUAACGCCUGGGGUGUUGUCGGAUGGAGUAUCGGCAACGGCUGGCUGACUCUCCUGUGCCCUGUCAUGUUCAGCUCCAUCGGAGAAAAGACCCUCUACAUCUUCGCCAUCAGCAACGUCAUUACCAUCCCCAUGGUCUGGGCCCUGUACCCCGAGAGUAACCAGCGCACGCUGGAGGACAUGGAUCUGCUGUUCGCCGCCGACACCCCCUGGGUGUGGGACGCGGAGCGCACUUUUGCCCAGCUCAAGGCCGAGAACCCCGGCCAUGUCGAUGCGGCCAGCCGCAAGAACAGCGUCCUGGAUGCCGAGGCCGGCAAGUCCCUUAGCUUGACAACCAAGCACGAGGAGUACGCCAAGACUGCACUAUGA